AUGUUAGUGAAGCUGUUUCCAAUCACCUGUGAGAUCAUCAAAGGAGAGAAACAGUUUUACUACAGAUCUCAGCAGUUCUAUGAGGACGUCCCCGCCUCGGAGGAGGGCAUGCUGGGAGAUUUUGUGGAGAUAUGCAACGUGGAUCUGGAGGCUUCCCGUGAGUUUCUGAAGAGGUUUGUGGGUCCUGGUAAGGCAGGCACACAGUGUGCCCUGGACUGUGGCUCAGGCAUCGGCCGUGUGAGCAAAGGCGUCCUCCUCCCUGUGUUUGAGAAAAUGGAGCUGGUGGACAUGAUGGAGCACUUCCUGCUCCAUGCUCACGAGGAGUACCUUGGCGAUGAUGCCGACCGCAUUGAGACCUACUACUGCUACAACCUGCAAGACUUCACACCUCCAAAAAACAAAUAUGACGUCAUCUGGAUGCAGUGGGUGGCAUGCCACCUAACAGACAAGGACCUGAUGAACUUCCUGAUGCGCUGUAAGAAGAGUCUGCAUCCAAACGGUGUCAUCAUAAUAAAGGACAAUAUGGCGCGGCAGGGUUGCAAGCUGGACCCAAUCGACAGCAGCAUCAGCCGCCACCUGGACAUCAUGAGGUGCAUCAUCGACAAGGCCGGCCUCGAGGUCCUGGCUGUAGAAAAGCAGGAAGGCUUCCCUGACAUCAUCAUGCCUGUCUGGAUGAUUGCAAUUAAGUAGUGACAUCAUAACCCUCAGAGGGAAAUCCAACCUUAAUCUGAAUGCACACGUUUUUCCUCUUUUGUCUGAGUCUAUAUUUUUGAUCAGGUCUCGAAAAACUACAACACCACAGCAAGAAAUCUUCCAAGUGCUCAACAGCAGAUAAAUCCUGAAACCGCCGUGUGGAGUGUGUUAUGGCACCCGGGGAGAUUUUAUGGAGACAGGAGCUAUUUUUCUGCACAGCCCAGAAGUAAAAUAAAGGUUUUACGUGGACAUUAACCUUCUACAGAGGCACUCUGUACGUCCACCAAAGCUAGACUGUAAUUUAUUGUCGGCCGACCAACUCCGGGGUCUGUAUCGUGAUGACAUUAAAGGUGGACCCUCAGCUCUCUUGAGUUGUUCCUGUCUCAACCACGAGGAUCAUUGGAAUAACAUGUGGACUAAGAUGGUUUGUCUGCCAAGUGAAUGAUUUGUAUCCCGUUAGACACUAAAUCCAGCAUGUUACAUUACAAGGACAGCACUCAGCCAUAAUGUACCAUGUUAGAUUUCUAAAAAAAACGAUAUUGCUUUAUGUUUUAAACAUGGUAACUAUUUUAAACUAUAUAUUUAUAAGAGUUUCUUGUUAUAUGAAUUCUCAACCCAUUGUAAUAUGAUCUGAAUUUAAAGUUGAGCGGGGGAACCUGUUAACAAAGGUCAUGUGACAAAAAUAUCAGUAGCCUAGGGGUCAGUCUCACAAUUCUGUUCCCUGAGAGAGCCAAAUCGCUUUCUUUAUUGGAAAUAGUAUCCUUGCUCUGCACAAUGCUGAACUUCCUACUACUUUUUUUUUUUCUAACACUACCUUGCUUUUCUAGGGUUUUGGAAAGUUUCAAAAAUAUUAAUCCUUCAAUGAUUUAGAAUUAAUAUAAAAAAUAUAAACCUGAAAUUGAGCAUAAUAUGUCCUCUUUAAUAACGGUUGGAGAUGAGGUCCUAAUGUCACCUUUCAGUGCAACAUGUAGUUCUCUGUUCACAUUGUAUUGCAGGAGAAAUACUGUUCAUUCAGUGCACUCAGUACAAGCUAGUCUGGUGUAAAUAUUAAAACUUUAUGUAAGUUUGUUUUUUUACUUUUGCUUGUAAUAUUGCAGAUGAAUAGAUUCUUUUAUAUGGAUUUCUUAAUUUUUUCUUCUUUUAUGUGUUUGCAUUUAGACUAUAAAUUGCUUUAUUUGCUUAAAUACAUUUUCUUGCACAAUAUCUACAAAUGUGAAGAUAAGAAAACCUUAAUUUAUUUAUAACUUACUGUUUGUUUUCUUCAAUGUAGCUCUUGCUUAGCUUAGUGUUUACUUACAUUUUUCAAAAAUAAAAAAAUAACAAUCUGAAAGCAUAUGGAUGUAGUUUAAUGAUUUCUGAAAUGUCCUUUUCAUAUUUUAUGUUUUUCAUCCCAUGAUCCAAACAAAGUUAAUAGGAUUAGAGAUGGGUAAUCGCCAUUGGCUAUUAUAAUCAAGGCUGGAACAUAAAUGCUGACCAAUUUUCCCGAAAUAUUCCUACAGUUCAGCCCUUACAGUGACCGCGCUGCAAUCUGCCACAGUGGGCUGAAAACGCACCAGAUAAUUGAGAUCCUCUCCGAUAGUUAUGGUAAUUCUCCUAAGUAUUAUUACUAUUAUUAUUUUUUUAGACUAACUGUAGAGACAGCACAUUGUGUUGGGCUAAUGACUUUCAGCUGGGCCCCUGAGGUGGAUGGGGGAGGGGGCUGAUUAUUUCAUGGUUUUGACAGACAGUGCCGGCUUUCAUAUCUGCCUUGGCUUCAUUUCAAGCCUGUCAGAUGUUGUCUGCAUAAAACACAUCCAAAAGUCGCCUCAAAUAUUCAGCAUUUGGGUGCGUGAGAGUGGGACGGGAGUGGUGCGGAGUUGUUCCUCCCUGGGCUUUUCUAUGAAAGGAUAGUUUGUCAAUGAGUCGACUGGCACUGAGAAAGUAAAAAAUCAUCAAAGUGGUGAAGGCCCGAUGGCGUGAGAUGAUCUCCAUGGCAUGUUUAUCUGGUCAGAAUGACUCUUUUGAGAGUGAAUAGACCAAACACGUUUUUCCACAUCUCGUAUGAAUUAAAGAUCAAAAUGC